UUACUUCAUACUUGGAUCUAGUUAGUGACUGACUUUCUAGAGAGAGAAAAGAUGGCUGUGGGAGGAGGAUUCGCCGUCGACGGCGCCGGUAAUACAUACGGUGGUCGGAUAACUCCGGCCGCCGUCAUCACUUGUAUUGUGGCAGCUUCCGGCGGCCUAAUUUUUGGAUAUGAUAUCGGAAUCUCAGGUGGUGUAACGACAAUGAGACCGUUUUUGCAAAAAUUCUUCCCUUCGGUCCUGAGAAAAGCUGCCGAUGCCAAGACCAACGUUUAUUGCGUAUAUGAUAGCCAAAUUUUGACUUCAUUCACUUCCUCGUUAUACAUAGCCGGGCUGGUGGCUUCGCUUCUAGCUAGCCGCCUCACGGCUGCUUUGGGCCGCAAGAACAUAAUGGUUAUCGGGGGCACCAUCUUCUUUGUUGGUGCCGCCAUCAACGGUGGGGCCGAGAAUGUGGCCAUGCUCAUCCUCGGUCGCAUAUUACUAGGUUUAGGUGUUGGUUUCACCAAUCAGGCAACCCCAAUAUACCUCUCGGAGAUUGCGCCAUCGAAAUGGCGAGGCGCGUUUAACACGGGCUUCCAAUUCUUCAUUGGCAUGGGUGUCGUCGUCGCGAAUUGCCUUAACUUCGGUGUAGCCAAGAUGAGUUACGGGUGGAGGUUGUCACUCGGCUUGGCCAUGGUUCCGGCCGCUAUCAUGACCUUAGGGGCACUCCUCAUAAACGACUCGCCUAGUAGUUUGGUGGAACGUGGGAAAAUUGACCGGGCGAGAAAAUCCUUGGCCAAGAUUCGAGGAAAUGAUUCAAACAUCGAGGAUGAGCUAGCCAAUCUCGUGAAGUCGAGUGAGAAAACAAAAGCAAUGAACAACGAGCCAUUUGUGACCAUUUUCGAGAGACAAUAUAGACCUCACUUGGUGAUGGCUAUAGCCAUUCCAUUUUUUCAACAAGUAACCGGAAUUAAUAUCAUAGCGUUUUAUGCUCCCGUUUUGUUUCAAUCCGUGGGACUCGGAAACGAUUCUUCGCUCAUAGCGGCCAUCAUUUUAGGCCUUGUGAAUUUGGGCUCGAUUCUUGUAUCGACUGGCAUUGUGGACCGGUUCGGCCGACGAUUUUUGUUCUUGCAAGGUGGAACACAAAUGUUCCUUUGCCUGGUGUCGGUGGCAUGCAUGCUAGCAAUUGUGACGGGAGUGGAUGGAACGAAGCACAUAUCACAAGGAAAGGCAAUAUUGGUAUUGGUCUUUAUGUGUAUCUACGCGGCUGGCUUCGGGUGGUCAUGGGGUCCAUUGAGUUGGCUAAUUCCAAGCGAAAUCUUCCCCAUGAAAAUUCGUUCCGCGGGGCAGAGUAUAAGUGUGGCGGUGAAUUUCGCAACAACUUUCGUGUUAUCGCAAACAUUCCUAUCGAUGUUGUGCAAGUUCAAAUUCGGAGCCUUCUUGUUCUACGCGGGUUGGAUCGCAAUCAUGACUGUUUUUAUCUUCUUCCUACUGCCCGAGACCAAGGGGGUACCGUUGGAUUCCAUGUACCAAGUUUGGGAACAACAUUGGUAUUGGCGUAGGUUUGUUAAGAACCAAUCUUACAAUGGCCAAAACAUCUAGUGUUAUAUAUCGAUAUCUUUCGGAUUGGAACUAGUAGACAUAUUGGUGUUUUGUUUUACUUGCAAACUCUUGGCUUAUAUUUAUAAAUUAUCAUUGAAUUAGACAAAAUUUAUAGGAUGAGAGAAUGCUUGAAGUUCUUAUUUAAGUUGGUCUAUUGAUGCAUUUAAUGU